AUGCCCUCUAGCGUCGGUUGUGAGAUAGAUGGCACAUCGUGUACAAGCCACCCCCAAACAGGCGUAUUACUACCACUACUACCACCACCACUACUACCACCACUAACUACUACUAUUACCACUAUACUACUACCACUACUACUAGCACUACUACUAUUACUGCUACUACUGUUACUAAUCCUUGUCCUUUCAAUUUUAUUCGUAUCUUCCUUGAAAAAUGAAGGAGUUGCUCAUCAUAACUUCAAGAAGCUUUCGAUUUGUCCAAAAAUUUUCAUGAAAAUAGCCGCAAGCAAUUCGAUUAAGCGUCAUCUUGCACAUCGAGGUCCGUUAAAUGUUGACGCAUUUUGGUGUGAUGCUGGUGGAUUUGGUUGUUUUGGUGUAAGUAAUGCUAAUUUUGAUAAGAAUCUUGCUGAGAUUGUAAAAACGACGAUGAACGAUAAUGUGAGGCCAUCUGGAAAGGUGCAGAGAUGUCGAAUUUCACGGAACAAAAAACGGUACUGGAAAAAAGGUAUACAAAUCCAGGAUGUGGAGGAUUCUCUCUGUGAAGUUCAGUUUGACACUGUUAAAGUAUUUUAUUAUAAUGAAACUUAUUUAAUUUCAUGUGUAAAAAAGCAAAAUGACAACAGCUUGUUUACCGUCGACAGGGAACCUGAUCACAGUAAUCUUAAAUUAACUAGACGACAGAAGGCAGUUUUGAUGAAGAAAUUAAAGAAGACGGAACCUGUGGAAGAAAAGGAAAAUCUUUCUAAAUGUCAACUGAAGAAAACGCUUUUGAAAAAAUCGAAAAAGCCAGUUAUGGCUAAAGCUAGCUUUUUAGAAAACACGACAACCCAGGCUCGAAAACCGUAUGAUCUUUGGGGCCAAAACUCAGAAAAGGAAGUUUCGUUAGCGGAGAAAUAUUAUCUUUUAAUUACCAAAAAAAAGUUGCCACAGAAACCGAAAACAUUGAAGCAUAUAACGAGCAUAUUACAACAUGUGGAAGUUGCUCCGGCGGGUGCCUCCUAUAAUCCACCUGUUUCUAAAUAUUUGGAUUAUAUUGCCGAAGUAGCCGAAGAAGAAAAGAAAAAAAUUAAAGAAAGUGAAAAGCUGGAACGUGAGUUUGCACUACUUAAAGGAAAAUAUGCCACUCAGGAAGAAAGAGAAUUGGAAUUAAGGGCAGGUCUUGAUGAUAAUAGUGAUAACUAUGACGAGUUUGCAGAAGAUGGGAAUGAAAUAGAACAAAACCUUUUUAAAGAAAAAAGGCCAAUCAUUAAGCGAAAAACAAAGAAAACUAGAUACUUGGAAUAUAUGGAACGAAAACAGAAAGAAAUUAAUCAUAUGUCUGCAUUCCAAAAAGAACAGAUGCAUCUUAUUUACUCAGCAAAGAAAUUGAAUAAAGAAAUCUGUAAAGAAAUACAAAAACGGGAAGAAUUGGCGAAGAAACGAAAGGAGCACAAACUGAUGAAAAGAUUUGCUGGUACACAACGUUUAGGUCGCGGGAAGUUUGAACCGUAUGAGCAAUCAGUUUUAUUAACUGAGGAAUUGCCAGGUUCUUUGCGAGAAUUAAAACCGCAGGGCAGUAUUUUAACGGAACGCCUAAAGAGUUUGCAAAAAAGGAAUGUGCUGUCAAUCCCGGGAGAAAAGCAACGAAGAAAAUUGAAAAACAAGUUGCGAAUUAAAGAAAGAGAAGAUAGGAAACAUAAAGAAGUGAAACUUGGUACACGUUUGAUAUGA